AUUGCCAUUUCUGGGGAUAGUGUUGAGUCUUUGGUAAAACCCGAAUUAAGAGAGGAGUUUGAGCAGGAUAAGUGUAACUGGUUCCCAAGAACCGACACCAGGGAACACAAGGCUUAUGAUAAGAUAUCGAACCCCAGGUCUUUUUAAAGUUGAGUGGGAGGGUCAAGGGAUUGUGGGGUUGUGUAGCAAGACCUAUUAUUGUUUUGGGGCGAAAGAUAAGUUCAGUUGUAAGGGUGUUAAUAAAAAAUGUAACGACAUUGACAAGGACAAGUAUUUAAAUGUUCUGCUCACCAAACAAAAUAGCGCUGGUGUCAAUCGCGGUUUUCGUGUUGUAAAUAAUACUAUGUAUACCUACACCCAAGUCAGAGACGCGUUCUCUUAUUUUUACCCGAAACGCAAAGUUUUGGCUGCUGGAGUCAGCACCACUCCACUCCACAUUUAA